AGUAGCACGGUAGGCGCAGUAGGCCACAGUCACACACAGCCUUUGCCUUUGCCUUUGCUGUUCAGUGCUCCCACUCCCAGUCCGGGCCGAGGCAGAAAAUAUCGGAAACUAACCUUUCACACUCACACAUCCAUCGUCAUAUCUGAAUUGGCAACUCAUUAUUAAAUCAAUUACGAAAACGAAGAAACCCAACAAAACAAUGGUAGUAGCUUAGCUAAUUGCCUAAUUGAAUGAAUCUCAAUGGAACCUCCUCUCAUCAACGACUCCACAUUCUCUUCCGCUAACCCUUCCUUGUCCGAGAUUUGGCCCUCUCAUUUUCCCACAGACCACACUCCCAGUAACAAGAGACACCUCUCCCCCUCGACUGAUUGUGGCAGCAAUAAACAUAUCAAAUCAUCAGGAUCAGGAUCCCAGGAUCAAAACGGUGCCUUGAAGGCGGGUGAAGUGGACGCGACUUCAGUAGCCGGUAACAAGUUACCCGAACAAACGGCGAAACCUAGUUCUUCCGAGCAGCCACCUAAGCAAGACUAUAUACACGUGCGAGCUAGAAGAGGCCAAGCCACCGAUAGCCACAGUCUCGCUGAGAGAGCUAGGAGAGAAAAGAUCAGUGAGAGGAUGAAAAUUCUUCAAGAUAUAGUUCCCGGCUGCAACAAGGUAAUUGGUAAAGCACUUGUGCUGGAUGAGAUAAUUAAUUAUAUCCAGUCACUGCAGCAUCAGGUUGAGUUCCUUUCUAUGAAGCUUGAGGCAGUUAAUUCGAGAUUGAGCAUGAGCCCUACUAUUGAAUGUUUUCCUUCAAAAGAAGUUGGCACUCAGCCAUUUGACCUUGCCGGAAUAAUAUUUGGAUCACAACCGGCCAGGGGAUAUGCUCAAGGAUCACAGCCGGGAUGGCUGCAUAUGCAGAUAGCUGGUGGUUUUGAGAAAGCAACAUAAUUUGAGGGAGGUUCAUUGGGAAUGACAGACCAAUCAGUGUGGUUGGUUUUCCAUUGAAAAGGAAAAAGUCACUUGGCUGGUUGGUUAGCAUGCGCUGCUCUAUUAACAACCUAGUCAAUUGAUGCAAAAUGUUGUAAGGUCUGUAUGUUCUUUGUCAUAGUAUGAUAUCAAUAGUAAGAAAUGCAUCUAAUUUCCUUGCGCAUCAUCUGACUGGGAACGUAGUGUUUCACCAUGUUAGCAAUUGAAAUAAUCUUAUUGUGGUUUAGUUUUCGUUUCAAAACUCUGGUGUGGUAGGAUUCUUCUCUCCUGAUUUGUUCUAUCACAAUUCAUAUAUGAUUAGCAAGAUAUUAUUCGCGUUA